UGAAACGAUGUUCUCUGCAAGAAAUUUCCUUCACUCAACCGCGAAACAAUCCUCUCGAAGUCCUAUAGAGAUGAUCGUGCUCUGCCUGAUAAUCGCUUCAUUCGCCUACGCAUCUUUGUUUCGAUCUCUGAUUGAAUCGGAUUUCUUUAACACUGAGAAUUACCCCAGAAUUAAUUCUAUAAGAGCCAUCUCUCGUCCAAAUUCGAACGAAUUUGUAACAACCGAAAAACGUGAGUCGAUCAAUACUCAAGCCGUCAGACUUCAUUUAAAGCAAAUCAUAAUCACAACUCAACAAGAUGAUGAGGAAAUAGUGGGACUGGUGGCGAAAGAGAGCCAUGAGGCAGGUAAAUCAAGGAUAAGCAACGUCGGUGGCGGUGAUGUCGACAUAUGGGAAGAUCAAAAAUUGUCGGAAUUGGUAACCAAGUUUCGAAGAAGGGUUGAGAAUGAGGUUUUCAUCUUGGACGGUCAUGCCAAAUUUUACUAUAAUGACGAUCUAUGUUAUAAAUCAAAUGAAACGUGUGUUGCAUUAAAUUCUCUGCCGAUUGGCAACAUCGACUCCGAGAAGAAAGUCACAUCUCUGGUGUUGAACUACGCGCUUAAUGCAAAUAGUCCUUAUAUGGCUAAUCUCGCUGACACUUGGGAGGAUAAGGUGGUUGGGUUGAAUGUAGAGAAUUUUGUGGUCUUCAAUGGUAAACGAUUGCUUCCUCACGCUGAGAAAGGUUCUUUCGCCUGGCUGGCUUUCGUUGCCGGUAGUCUCGUCACCAAGAUCCAAGAAUUAAUACAGAAAGCAGAUACCAUAGACAUCUUUGUCAUCUUUGCUGGAUAUGUUUUAAUGCAUUGCACCUUCGGUCUACUCUUUGUCAACAUGAGAAAGAUCGGUUCUCGAUAUAUACUAGCCAUGUGCGUUCUAUCCAAUGGUUUCUUUGCUUUCAUGUUUGCCCUAUUGACAAUUAAUCUAUUUGGUGUCUCGGUGAAUCCGGUCUUACUAAGCGAAGCGAUCCCAUUCCUGGUGAUCACCGUGGGAUUCGAGAAGCCAUUUGCUCUCACCAAGGCGGUACUCACCGCUACUCCCUCAGAUCCCAAUGCUAUGAGCUCCGCGUCGGGUUUAUAUCAAAUCGAGGAAAAGAAGUCCUCGGCCGUACCCUAUAAUGUACGAGAUAGUGUUAUCGCCGGAGUAACCAAGGAGGGCCCUAUGAUCGUGAGGGAUUACUUGAUUGAGAUCGCUUUGUUAUUCAUGGGUGCAAUGUCAGGUGCCGCGGGACUGCAGGAAUUCUGCUUCUUGGCUGGUUUCAUCUUAUUAUAUGAUUGCGUAUUUUUGUUCACCUUUUAUACCGCCAUGUUGACCCUCAAGCUCGAGUUGAAGAGAAUAAGGGAAACUCGACCGGUAAAGAAGCUCAAGGAAAGAGAUGAGAUAAAUAGUAGCUCUGCGCACGAUAUCAUUGAAGCUCUACAUGAUAAAGCGGUUGAGACCGAGACGGCAAAGAAAGUUGACAACCCCAUGAUUUCCAGGGUUAAAUUGUUGAUUAUUGCGGGAUUUUUAAUAAUGCACGUCCUCAAUUUCUGCACGACGCUCCACACAAAUGACGAUUCGGUUCGAACGCCUCCGGUCACAGUCCACCUUUCACAGGUACAGACAGUAGAUAUUCACGAUCCAUCUGUGAUGACAACGCUCAGCACCAUACAAUCUAUUCAUCGGUCAAGUCCAAAAGCCUUCUUACCAUUGAUCGUUGAUAUUGCGCCGCCAAUGAUCUUCAAGGCUGUUCAAAGCGGUAGCGAGAACACUACCCCAUAUCUGAUUCAAGAAUGUUACAAGAGUUUUGAUUCCGUGUUUGACAUGUGGUCUUCAUACGUACAAGAUUCCGUGCUUUCAAAGUGGAUCUCGAUUGGCUUGGUGUUUUCAAUCUUUUUAAACGUCUACCUCUUCAAUGCUCAUAAGCAACAGCAACAUAAAGCUGCUUUUGGAAGGGGAGGUCAUUCGAUGAUGGAUAACGCCGAGGACAACAAUGCUUCCAAUGUCGCUUCAAUCCCACCGCUCGGAGCAGAAGUCGGCCCAGUUGCCGGUUCUAUUGAGUCGAGCCUGAAAAUGACGCCUUCCAAGAAUCCACCGCCAAAAGUUGCAAUACAUAAAUCGGGAACUAAUGUUGUCAAAGAGGUUACUCAACCGAUUACACUCGUCAAAAAUAACGACUUCACAAAAACCGCAGACCUAAAGGUCGAGCAUAGAUCCGUUGAAGAAUGCAUGGACAUCCUGAAAUCUCCAGUAUUAGGUGGUCCAUCGGCUUUGACUGACGAAGAAGUGAUACUGCUAGUUAACCACGGAAAAAUUGCCACGUAUGCAUUGGAAAAAGCUUUAGAGGAUCAUAGGCGAGCGGUCAGAAUUAGGAGAUCCCUCAUAUCACGCUCUUCCGUAACGAAGACGUUGGAACGUUCUGCGCUUCCGGUAGAAAACUACGACUACACCAAAGUCACGGGUGUGUGUUGUGAAAAUGUAAUUGGUUAUAUGCCGAUACCUGUUGGGAUUGCUGGACCAUUGAACAUCGACGGAGAAAUGAUACAUGUACCAAUGGCAACUACCGAAGGAUGCCUUGUUGCGUCGACAACACGUGGAUGCAAAGCCAUCAAUGCUGGUGGAGGCGCCAUCACGAUUGUAACCAAAGACGGAAUGACGCGCGGACCAUGCGUGGAAUUUCCAAAUAUUUCAAGAGCCGCAGCGGCAAAGGCGUGGUUGGAAGAGGAGGGAUUCGAGAAGAUCAAGCAAUCCUUCGAUUCAACCUCGAGAUUCGCGAGAUUGAAGAAAUUGAAAGUGGCAUUAGCGGGCAAAUUACUGUUCAUAAGAUUUGCAUCGACGACUGGUGACGCCAUGGGAAUGAACAUGAUCUCAAAAGGAUGUGAGAAAGCAUUGUCGCUUAUGAAUGAAUAUUUUCCUGAUAUGCAGAUCAUAUCUGUCAGCGGAAAUUUUUGUACUGACAAGAAACCUGCUGCGAUAAAUUGGAUCGAAGGACGCGGUAAAUCCGUUGUAGCCGAGACGACAAUUUCUGGUGAUGUGGUGCAAAAGGUGCUGAAAACAAGUGUUCAGGCACUGGUGGAAUUGAACACAUCAAAAAAUCUGAUUGGAUCAGCGAUGGCGGGGUCGAUGGGUGGAUUCAAUGCGCAUGCUGCAAACAUAUUAACUGCGGUCUUCUUGGCCACUGGACAGGAUCCAGCGCAAAAUGUAGAAAGCUCAAAUUGUAUAACACUAAUGAAGGCCGUGAAUGAUGGAAAAGAUUUGCAUCUGACCUGCACGAUGCCAUCAAUAGAGGUUGGGACCAUAGGGGGUGGCACAUCGUUGGAACCACAAAGUGCGAUGUUAGAAAUGUUAGGCGUGAAAGGACCACACCCUACUGUACCAGGAGCCAACGCACAAAAAUUAGCAAGAAUAAUUUGUGCGGCGGUGAUGGCCGGAGAAUUAAGUUUGUGCUCAGCUUUAGCCGCGGGACAUCUGGUGAAAUCUCAUAUGGAGCACAAUCGAUCACAUCAACAUAACAGUCCUGUACAAAAGCCUCACCAAAAAUCACCAGCUUCACCGAGUGGUACAAGGUCUCGAUCAAAUUCGCAUUCUUCCCAUCUUCCAUCGUUACCAACAUUAAUCUCAACAAUAAAUGUAUUUAAUUGCAACUCUUCAACAUCGAAUGAUCCUGGAAAGAUCAUACCUGGAAGUUGCAUAAAAUCAUAG